AUGAAAUACUCUGCGCUCUCCGCUAUAUCGUUCCUCGCGGUAUCCUCUCUGGGUUUACCAGAAUUCUACUGGGGCGUGUCAAAGGCCAGCCCUGGUCAAAUUAUUGUCACGAACAACAUGAACAGGCCUGUCCGUCUGGAUAAAGUCGCACAAGGGCCAUCCGUCGAUGGGGUCAAGAUAAUUCGCGACCAAGAAAUUAUUCUUAAUCAGGGACAAACAGUCGAAGUUUCAGCCACAGAGAUAUCCGCGGACCUGAAAUUCAACGAGCAGCAAGCACACAAUCAGGUAGAACUGAGCUAUACCAGUGGCGAUCAAGACACGUAUAACUUCGCUAUUAAGCCGAUUGAAGGCAGUGGGUUCCCCGGAGCUAUUGAGGUAAUCCCUCUUUCGCCACGUCCUUCUCCUCAGUGCCAUCCUUUGGUGUGGUAUCCUGGACAAGGAAAUACGGCGCAAGCCACAUGCCAGGACCACACUCCGCUCCGCGUCUUCCUCCGUGAAGCCCAUCAUCCACCAGAAUUUAAUAAGUUUGAUAAAUUUGAUGGGUGGUACUAA